AUGAAGGGCCCCAGUCGUGUGUAUCUCUUCGGAGAUCAGACAGCGGAUUUUGACUCGGGACUUCGUCGCCUGCUGCAAGCCAAGAAUGAUUCACUUUUGAUAGCUUUCUUCCAGAAGUGCUACCAUGCGUUGCGCAGGGAGAUCAGCCAGCUUCCGCCAUCAGAGCGGGAGAUGUUUCCUCGUUUCACGAGCAUCGUUGAUCUCCUGGCAAGAUACCGCGAGCAUGGACCCAAUGCAGCCUUGGAAAGCGCAUUGACGACAAUUUAUCAGUUGGGAUGCUUUAUUCACUACUUUGGUGAUCUUGGGCAUGCUUAUCCAUCUGGGUCUGAGAGCUGUAUUGUUGGUCUCUGCACCGGGCAGCUUGCUGCAGCGGCUGUGAGCUCUUCGAAAACGGUUGGUGAGCUCAUGGCAGCCGGUGUUGAGACUGUUGUUGUGGCUCUCAGACUGGGGAUGUGUGUCUUCAGAGUACGGGAACUGGUAGAAGGAAGUGGAUCAUCUUCACCUAGCUGGUCUGUCUUGGUUUUGGGUAUUCGGGAGCAGGAAGCAUUGCAGCUGAUUGUAACCCUUGGCCAAGCUAAUGCUGUUCCUCGGGUUUCUCUGCCAUAUGUCAGUGCUAUCAGUCAGAAUGGUGUGACGAUCAGUGGUCCGCCCACCUCUCUGGACCAGUUCAUUGAGAAGGCCCUUUCCAAGGAGAACAAGCCCACCAGAGUUCCCAUUCAUGGUCCUUACCAUGCACCUCAUCUUUAUGAUGCAAGGGAUAUCAACAGGAUCAUGGAAUCAUGGUCCCAGGACUUUGAGAGCUACAUCCCGCAGAUUCCUAUCAUCUCUAGCAGCACUGGAAAACAGGUCGAGACCGAGAACCUGGAGGAGCUGUUGAGAAUCUCCCUUGACGAGAUUCUCUUGCAACAGCUUGGUUGGGACAAGGUUGUUGAUUCCUGCUCCACCAUACUCAGAUUGACGGAGGGACCGUGUACUCUGCUGCCAAUUGCAAGCACCGCAACACAAAGCCUGCACUCGGCAUUAAAGAAGUCUGGAAUCUCUAACAUUGAGCUCAAUUGCGCAAUCGGUGAUGUGAAGAAGGAUGCGAAAGGUGCUAAUCGUACUGGCCGCGCGGAGCAGUCCAAAAUCGCCAUUAUCGGUCUUUCCGGACGCUUUCCGGAAGCUCCCGACACUGAAGCCUUCUGGGAUCUUUUGUACAAAGGACUCGAUGUGCACCGAGAGGUGCCUGCGGACCGUUGGGAUGUGAAAGCCCACGUUGAUAUGGAGGGAAACACACGAAACACCAGCAAAGUACAAUAUGGUUGCUGGAUCAAGGAGCCUGGUCUUUUCGAUCCUCGAUUCUUCAACAUGUCACCUCGUGAAGCCCUACAAGCUGAUCCCGCCCAGCGAAUGGCUUUGCUUACCGCUUAUGAAGCCUUCGAGAUGGCUGGAUUUAUUCCGGACAGCACCCCAUCAACCCAGAAGAACCGCGUUGGUGUAUUCUAUGGAAUGACUAGUGAUGAUUACCGUGAAAUCAACAGUGGUCAGGAUAUCGACACUUACUUCAUUCCGGGAGGCAACCGUGCAUUCACCCCUGGUCGCAUCAACUAUUACUUCAAAUUUAGCGGACCGAGUGUUAGUGUUGAUACUGCAUGCUCCUCAAGUCUUGCAGCUAUUCAUGUGGCCUGCAACUCUCUCUGGAGAAAUGACUGUGAUUCUGCAGUGGCUGGUGGUGUAAACGUCCUCACCAACCCUGACAACCACGCUGGUCUUGACCGUGGUCACUUCCUUUCGCGAACUGGAAACUGCAACACGUUUGAUGAUGGAGCCGAUGGUUAUUGCAGAGCUGAUGGUAUUGGAUCGGUGGUCCUGAAAAGGCUUGAGGACGCACAAGCUGAUAAUGACCCUAUUUAUGGUAUUAUCAACGGCGCAUACACCAAUCACUCUGCAGAGGCUGUUUCUAUCACACGACCCCUUGCAGGUGCCCAGUCCUUUAUCUUUGAUAAGUUGCUUAACGAGGCCGAUGUGAAUCCCAAGGAUGUUAGCUACAUUGAGAUGCACGGAACUGGUACCCAGGCAGGUGACGCCGUCGAGAUGCAGUCUGUGUUGGACGUUUUCGCGCCUGAUUAUCGCCGAGGCCCAACUCAGUCGCUUCAUCUUGGCUCUACAAAGUCCAACAUUGGUCACGGAGAGUCAGCCUCUGGAGUCUCUGCUUUGAUCAAGGUCUUGGUUAUGAUGCAGAAAAACAUGAUUCCUCCUCACUGUGGUAUUAAGACAAAGAUCAACCAUAACUUCCCCAAGGACCUCCAACAACGAAAUGUACAUAUCGCUCUGGAGCCCACUCCUUGGAACCGUCCUGCUGGUGGCAAACGUACUACCUUUGUCAACAACUUUUCUGCGGCAGGUGGCAACACUGCACUUCUAGUGGAAGAUGCUCCGAUUUCAGAGCGCAAUGGCGAGGACACGCGAUCUGUACACACUGUGACAAUUUCCGCGAGAUCGCAAUCUUCUUUGAAGAACAAUGCUGCAGCCCUUGUCCAGUAUAUUGACACUAACAAGAAUUUGUUCAAUGUAAACGAGAAUAAACUUCUUGCCGAUCUUGCAUACACAACCACAGCCAGACGUCUUCAUCAUCCCUUCCGUGUUAGCGCUACAGGAUCCACCUUCGAAGAGAUUCGAAAUGGUCUGAACGCGAGUGCUAACCGGGAAAGCAUCACUCCCGUCCCUGCUACCACACCCGGUGCUGGAUUCCUCUUCACCGGCCAAGGUGCUCAGUACACCGGCAUGGGAAGCCAGCUCUUCGAGCACAACUCACAGUUCCGGACCCACAUAGAGCAUCUGGAUCGCAUUGCUCAAAGCUUUGGAUUCCCCUCUGUAGUGCCUCUGGUUGAUGGAAGUGUUCCAGUGGAAGAGCUCAGCCCUGUUGUGACUCAGCUGGGAACCACCUGCAUUCAAAUGGCCUUGACAAAGUUCUGGAUUUCUCUUGGUGUGACUCCCGCCUUUGUGCUUGGUCACAGCUUGGGCGAGUAUGCCGCCUUGAAUGCUGCUGGUAUCUUGACCACAAGUGACACUAUCUACCUUGUUGGUCGCCGAGCUCAGCUCCUUAUGGAGAAAUGCCAAAUGGGAACUCAUGCUAUGCUUGCCGUCAAGUCCUCAGUGGCCCAAGUUAAGCAAUAUCUUGAUGAUGGCUCAGCAGAGGUUGCUUGUAUCAAUGCACCGGGUGAAACUGUCAUCAGCGGCGCCAACGAUAACAUCGACAAAUUUGCCGAUACUUUGGCAAAUGAGGGCUUCAAAGCUACCAAGCUUAAGGUGCCAUUCGCUUUCCACUCAAGCCAAGUUGAUCCCAUUCUCCAGAGCCUUGGAGACAUUGCCAAGGGUGUCAUUUUCCACGAGCCAACCAUUCCAUUUGUCUCUGCUCUGCUUGGUGAUGUCGUCAAGGGAUCUAACACUGAUGUCCUUGGUCCGAGCUACCUUACUCGUCAUUGUCGCGAAAAUGUCAAUUUCCUUGCUGCUCUGGAGGCAAUCCGCCACGCGAAGUUGAUGACUGAUAAGACUGUCUGGGUUGAGAUUGGAUCACACCCAGUGUGCUCCGGAAUGGUCAAGUCUACAUUUGGACCCCAAGCCCUGACAGUGACAUCUUUGCGUCGCCAGGAAGAUACUUGGAAGGUACUUUCGACAAGUCUUGCAUCUCUGUACAUGGCUGGUAUGGAUAUUCGCUGGAAGGAAUAUCACCAAGACUUUGCUCCCAUGCGCGAGGUACUCAACCUCCCUGCCUAUAAGUGGGAUCUCAAGAAUUACUGGAUUCCCUACACCAACAACUUCUGUCUGUUGAAAGGUGCACCUGCAGAGCCUGUCAAAGAAGCCGCUCCUGUGACUACUUUCUUGACAACAUCAGCUCAAAAGGUCCUCGAAACCACCGGUGACAAGAACACGGCGACUGUCACUAUCGAAAACGAUAUCGAUGACCCCGAGCUGAACCGUGUCAUCCAGGGCCACAAGGUUAAUGGGGCCGCUUUGUGUCCAUCCUCUCUCUACGCAGACAUUGCUCAAACCUUGGGCGAGUUCCUUGUUGAAAAAUACAAGCCUGAGUUAAAGGAUCGCGGCUUCGACGUUUGCGAUGUGGUCGUUCCGAAGCCUCUUAUUGCCAAGGGUGGAAAACAGCUGUUCCGAGUCUCAGCAACUGCUAACUGGGCCGAGGAGAAGGUGCAGGUCCAAGUUUGGUCAGUUACAAACGAGGGCAAAAAGAUUCUUGAUCACGCUUCCUGCACCAUCAAGUUCUUUGACACCAAGGCUGCCGAGGCUGAAUGGAAGCGGUACACCUACCUCAUCAAGCGAAGCAUCGAGCAUCUGCAAGAAAGCACAGAAUCUGGUGACGCCCAUCUUAUGAAGCGGGGCAUGAUCUACAAACUUUUCAGUUCUCUGGUUGAUUAUGACGAGAACUAUAAGUCUAUUCGGGAGGUCAUUCUGGACAGUGAGCAACAUGAAGCCACCGCAUUGGUUAAAUUUGCUGCUCCUCCCGGAAACUUCCAUCGCAACCCCUUUUGGAUUGAUAGCAUUGGACAUCUUUCUGGUUUUAUCAUGAAUGCAAGCGAUGGAAUUGACUCAAAGAACCAAGUCUUUGUCAACCACGGAUGGGACUCAAUGCGUUGUUUGGGCAAGUUUGAUCCCAAUGUUACAUACCGAACCUAUGUUCGGAUGCAGCCUUGGAAGGACUCAAUCUAUGCUGGAGACGUGUAUCUCUUUGAUGGAGAUAAUAUCGUUGCCGUGUACGGCGGAGUCAAGUUCCAAGCCUUGUCACGAAAGAUUCUUGAUAUGGCACUUCCUCCAGCUGGUUCUAAGCCUGCUCCCGCCGCUAAGGCCAGACCAUCACCGAUUGAUACCAAGAAGGCUCAAGCACCUCUUCCCAAGAAGGUAUCUCGUCCCGUGGCUUCUCCCAAGUCCCCCGGAACUGGUAUGAUCACAAAGGCUCUGAGCAUCCUGGCAGAGGAGGUUGGCAUGUCAUCAUCCGAGAUGACAGACGACCUGAACUUUGCAGACUAUGGAGUUGAUUCUCUUCUUUCAUUGACUGUUACCGGUCGUUACCGUGAGGAAAUGAGCCUUGACCUGGAUUCCAAUGUCUUUGUCGACCAACCCACAAUCAAAGACUUCAAGCAGUUGCUGAUUUCAAUGAGCCCCGCCGAGAGUAGCAGUGAUGGAUCUAGCAGUGAUGACAACAUCUCAUCUGCCGCAUCUUCGACUGACAUCUCAACUCCAAACUCCAGUGGUCUUCCGACGCCGACCAACGAGAAGAGCAUGGUCCUCGAGCAGAAUGACAGCAUGCAGCAAAUUUGCGAGAUUCUUGCUGAGGAGAUUGGCGUUGAGCCAGAGGAACUACAGGAAGACGUUAACCUAGGCGAAAUGGGACUUGACUCAUUGAUGUCUUUGACUGUUCUCGGUAAGAUCCGCGAGACGUUGGAUCUUGAUCUCCCGGGUGAAUUCUUUAUUGAGAACCAAACUGUCAAUGAAAUCGAGGUUGCUCUUGACCUGAAGCCAAAGGCCCCUGCUGCCGAGCCCAUCCGACUUCCCGAGCAAAUCUCAGUGUCGAUUCCCAAGGCUAUUCCCAGCUCAGCAAUCCAGCACCCUCCAGCGACUUCUAUCCUGCUGCAAGGAAACCCGAAGACUGCUACACAGAAGCUCUUCCUUUUCCCUGAUGGCUCUGGAUCUGCUACUUCCUACGCCACUAUCCCUGGUGUCUCACCGGAUGUCUGCGUCUACGGUCUUAACUGCCCUUACAUGCGGACCCCAGAGAACCUGAAGUUCAGCCUUGAUGAGUUAACAUAUCCCUACGUUGCUGAGAUCCGUCGCCGCCAACCCAAGGGUCCUUACAACUUUGGCGGAUGGUCCGCCGGUGGUAUCUGUGCUUAUGACGCCGCACGCCACCUAAUCUUCGAGGAAGGUGAGAGUGUCGAGCGUCUAUUUCUCCUUGAUUCACCCUUCCCCAUUGGUCUGGAGAAGCUCCCUCGUCGUCUCUACCGCUUCUUUGAUUCGAUUGGUCUUUUCGGAGAGGGCAAGGCACCUCCACCAAAGUGGUUACUCCCUCACUUCCUUGCUUUUAUCGAUUCCCUGGACGCAUAUAAGGCUUCUCCAUUCCCCUUCGAGGACAGCAAGCUUGCAGACAAAAUCCCCAAGACCUUCAUGGUCUGGGCUAAGGACGGUGUCUGUAACAAGCCCAAUGAUCCUCGUCCCGCCCCCGCUGAGGAUGGCAGCCCUGAUCCCCGAGAGAUGCUGUGGCUGCUGAACAACCGCACAAACCUCGGUCCUAAUGGUUGGGAUACUCUUGUUGGUCCCAAGAAUGUCGGUGGUAUUACCAUCAUGGAGGGUGCUAACCACUUUACCAUGACUCGUGGUGAAAAGUCGAAGGAGCUGGCUGCAUUCAUUGCUGGCGCUAUGAAUUCGUAA